AUGGCAUCCCUGCUCUGCGGGCUUAUACUGUACCUGCAUGUGUCAGAUGGAUCUCGACUACUAGAAUACCCAGAGACGAAGAUUACGACUAACUAUUCUCCAGUACCGGCGACUCCAGAGGACAGUACCAAGACCAACGGCUUCCCGAAGACCAAGGACUGGUCCAUUCUCCAGAGCAACCUAGUCGACUACGGUCCCAACGAGCCCAGUCCCAGACUCCCUGGCUGCUCGGCCGGUCACCCGUACACGAAGACGUGGAAGAUGUCAGACUCGAUGAUGAUAGCGUACAGCGCAAUGCGCGGUUCCCUUAUGCGUACCAAUGAUCCUCUGCGGUAUUGGAUGGAGAUGAAGGCGUACGAAACUGGUAUACGGGCUCAUCAUAAUGAUGAUGCAGCCACUGGUUCGGGCGGCUACUCUGCAGAACAGCCGGUUUCCUCGUCGCCAGAGGGCAAGGAGAAGUCUAUCAAUCUUAGCGGCCUAGAAACCAGCCAGCCUCAGACGGCUGCCAAAGAACACCCUUCUCCAGCUAAAGGAAAUACAACGGUCCCGGGCCUUAGUGUCGAUGAGAGGCAGGAGAUGGAUAACUACGCCAAGAUGCUCAAAGAAGUCAACAUGGCUGCGAAGGAGUACGCUCCGGCCGAGAUGGAGAGGAAGUCAACCUAUGAAGUCCCCCGCCCAAGGUUCCUUCACAUCUCACCGAGAUUCGAGGGCUUUCAGUUUGAGGAUUACCUGCCUCCCCGUGCUGAGGUUCCCGAAUCCCCUUACAAGCAGCCCUUUGACCCGAACCGCGAUUUCGCGAAGGAGUACGACGUCUCGGAUGACGAGGGUGAUCCCGCGUCUGGGCGUAUCUCCCCUUGCACUUUCCGCCUCUUAGCCGAAGGUUGCGCUAAGCAAGACCCGAACGCGAAUCAGGUCUACAUGGCUCAUGAUAGGUUGACGCUGAUCAUCACCCAGACUCAACGUAUGCGCCCCUCGACACCCUUGGACGAUAGCUGGAAGCGGAUUACAGUCGACCGUCUCGCCGUCUCCUUUGAGCUUCAGAGAGACGUCAACGACGGUGGCUGGAUCACACCCUGCUAUUCUGUUGAGUCGGAACCCUCAAUCAUAUAUAACCCUCGCGGCGUUACUUUGAAGCACAAGAUGCGCAACUGGUGGUUUGGCCUUUUUGACCGCAUGGACCCCAUCGCCGCACGUCGCUUCCGCAAGAUCCAAUUCCGCGAGGUCAACGACCCCGUCGCGCCCCUCGAGACGGCCACCGAUCGCUCUGUCCCGUCCACAACCUCGAGCGAGCGCAACCAUGCCUACACCGACGCGGAGGUCCUCGAGGCUCUGCACGCCCCCGGCUCGCGCCGCGUCGCCGGCGUCGCCCCGCAGAACGCGCAGCUCAUCAUCUCGCAGCGCUGGCAGACGGUGACGCGCUGGAAGGCGCAGGACACGGAGCUGACCCGCGAGAACGACAGCAUGCGUCUCGCCAUCGAGCGCGCCAAGAUCGAGCUGCGCGAGAUCCGCCUGACGGUCGACCACCUGCUGCAGAAGAAGGCGGCCGAUGAGCUCGCGAUGCGUCAGCGGAAGCAUAAGCGUGUUCUGCGCCAAGUGUCGGCGCACUUGCAUGAGCUGCGGUACGAGAUCCAAAGCAAAUUUGACGCGCUCAAGUGCGCGCAGGCACAGAACCACAACAUGAAGACGGAGCUGGCCAUCUUGCAGUGCCAAAUAAAGGAAGAGUGCGCCAGGGCCGACAUGGCCAGCCCUGACGAGGUGCGGAGGGCCGUCUCGCAGCACUUCCGGGACAAGAUGGCUGCUAUGGAGCUUGCUGACUGCUUCUGA